AUGAACUAUAUUUUGCAGGCAACCUAUCUGGGCGAGGUGCUAGCGAGACGUACAGAGUUUCCACAAACUCUGUUUUUUAUAUUCGAAAAAAAGGAUAAAGCCACCGGAAAAGAAAAAUUUGCUUCGUGUCAGACUAGACGGUUUACUCUUGUAAUCGGCCCAACGUUUGUGCCGGUAAAAAGGUGGAAGAAGAGGGAUGGUAUGACCAUGGGCAUCCCCUACUUACUUGGAGUGCGAACAUUGAAUAGAAGAAAGGCCAGUCUUGCUCCAUUGGUAGUUUUGAUAUCUGCAAAGGAACACUACCCGAACCCAGAUUUGCAUGUGCAGCAAAUCAUCAAACCUAAAUCCGUGCUUGGUGACUGUUGGUGA